AUGCCCGAGUCGGAGGGGCUAACUUGUGGAGCUGAGAAUUGUACAAUACCAUUUCAACUUACCAAGCACACAGAACAUAUGGUUAGACCUGGCUGGCGUAGAAAAUGUCUCAAGUUUGGUGUUGACAACUGGUUUAUGAUUACCACUGUCGUUGGGGUUAUCGUAGGAUUGGGCGUUGGUUUUGCUCUCCAGAAGGCCAACUUAAGUGAACAAGGCAGAGUAUGGUUAAACCUUCCGGGCCGACUGUACAUUCGUAUUCUUCAACUCACCAUACUUCCAAUGAUUGUGGCCAACAUCAUUACAGGUGGACGUCUAUUUGUGGUCUCUGAGUUGAAUCCAAGGACAAAUAAGAAGCUAAGUGGUGUUACAAUUGCCUACAUUUUUGCUUCUAAUAUCAUUUCUUCGCUUAUUGGACUGACUUAUGCUCUUCUAAUUAGACCAGGUGCAUCACAUUCGACUUCGGAGUCUCGUGCACCCUCCACCAAGGAGGCCACCAAGAUAUCCUACAUCUUUCAGGAUCUUCUACUGAACAUCUUCCCGAACAAUCUUAUCACCUUAACUCUCUCUCAGGCUGGUACUGAUUUUGAUCAUCCCAGAGUGAACAGCAGAAAUGAAACCUACUACAUCAGCAUUUCCGUCCCUGGCACCAACAUGAUCGGCAAGUUGAUCUUUACUGCAACUAAUUUGGCAACACCUUUAUUCUCUCUAGUUGAGUACUCCUUUCAAAGAGUCAAAACUCUAUUUUCUUGGGUGAUUCAAGUCCUAACUCUCUCUUUCUCUCUCUCUUCCAUUUGGUUUCCAGGUGUCCUCUUCUGCUCAGUCGCUUUCGGUUUGGCCAUCAAUGGAGCCAAAGAGAAGGGCCUUCCCUUCAAAGAUUUUUUUGCUUCACUUGGUGAUAUUGUUAUGCUUCUUAUGCAGAAAUUCCUUUUAAUGACUCCCAUCUGUGUGAUGUUUAUGGUCAUGAGCGCCAUCUCAAGUGUGGAUAAUUUACAAGACACUUUCAGAUCGUUGGGACUCUUUGUUGCCCUCAAUUUUGUAGGGCAGUUCACUCACCUCAUCUAUGUCAUCCUUUCUUUGCUCUGCUUGUGUAAAAAUCCUUUUGGAAUCCUUCGUCUCUCCCUUCCACCC